GUCUGGGCAGCGGGGCCGGGUGGGGGGAGCGAUGGGGGCACCCCACAUGGGGUCGCGAGGGUCCCUUGGGCGUGGAGAGGAUCUCCCGUGGCACAGCGUGGGGUGGUUUUGUGGGGUGAGGAGGGGUAAGUGGGUCCAGGCUGCCAGGCUGGAGCCCCUGAGUGGCUUUUUGGCCCGGCCGAAGGAGCGGGAGCUGGGUGUCACGGGUCUGGGCUGCCUGCGUGGGACAGGGUCACCGCUGGGUCCUUUUUUGGCUCCUCGCAUGGUUUUCAGGCUGCUGAAGCUCGCAGCCCUGUCCCGCACUGGGAGAGGAAAAUCUGGAUUCCCCCAUGGACAGGGGGAAACCACGGGCUGGUCCCACCUGGGGACAUUGGAUGGUGCUGCCCAGUCUCCAGACAGCUUGACCAGGCAGAGGAGGCUGCACGCAAAUGCCCCCCACACAUCAGCCAUCCAGCUGAGCCUCUGUGGGUUAUUGGGGUUAUAUACCCAGAUGCAGCCGGGCUGUAAGGACCAGCUUCUGGCCUUUAAAACCAGCGGCAUUUCCGUGCCCUGCGAGUCUGGCAGGAGCUUCGUGGGACCCGUUUCGGCCGCAGCCUGUGCACUGGCAGGUGGGCACGUGUGGUCUCGCGGUUGUCUGGAAGAUGGGCAGGGAGACCCUGAGCCUCCACAAACAGCUCGAGUCCCAUCGCCGGGAGGCAGAACCAGCUUCGGAUCACUUUGGACGCUCCUGUCUGAAGUUCGGUAGUGGGGGACAGAGCAUCAGACCUCACAGCCUUCCCUCUUGUUCUCGCUGUUGAAGUUGGGUGCCAGGCUUGGCACUGGGCCACCCGUGGGGGCUUUGUCCCCUGCCAGGCCGUGGGACAGGGGAGGUCCCAGUGCUUCUGGCUGAAGAGGAGGACUGGCUGUGCCCGAGGGCUUCCCAUCUCCUGGUGGCAGCACCAUCUCCUGGUGGGAACACCUACCUGGGGAACAUCAUGGAGAAGGCAGGCCCAGAGCUGGGGUGCACGGGAGCACCCGAGCCAAUGUCACAGCUGGCACGGGCUGCCCUUGGCCAUGCCCCCUCCUCGCAGGUCACCCCAGGACCAUGCUGAACGUGCUGCUGCUGUGCUACGGGCUGCUGCAGGGCAUCCAGGCCAUCCUCACCUCGGACCUCAGCCAUGGCCACCUGCAGAAGAUGAGCGGGCUGUACGGGGCAGACAGAGCCCGCUACUCCAGCCUGCUGCGUAAAGUCAAGGAGGUGGCGGUGGAGCCUGCAGGAGCUCUUCCCAGGCCAGAGUUUGAUCAGAUGGCCCUGGAGGUCCAAGAAGCUGAUGGUGACCUCCUGCAGAAAAGCAGUGCGCUGGAGCCGCAGGCGUCAUCCACAGCCCUGCAGGCUCCGGGCCGAGAAGAGCGUUCUCCCCGCCGGUGCGUCCGCCUCCUGGAGUCCUGCCUGGGCCACCAGAUCCCCUGCUGCGACCCCUGUGCCACCUGCUACUGCCGCUUCUUCAACGCUUUCUGCUACUGCAGGAAGAUCAGCACCAAUUUCCCAUGUGGCAAGAACUAGUGCCACAGGGCUGCCUGCUCCUCGCCUCUCGGGGCCACUACGGGCCUCUCGCCACAAGCCUCUUCCUCCGCAGCUCCAAUAAAGCAGCCGAUAGCAAACCUG